GUUGUGAAGAUGAGAAAAGAAGUGAAGCGAAUCCGAGUUUUGGUUAUCCGAAAACUUGUCAGGAGUGUUGGCAGACUGAAGUCCAAAAAGGGCACUGAAGAUGCACUAUUGAAAAACCAAAGACGAGCCCAAAGAUUGCUUGAAGAGAUACACGCCAUGAAGGAAUUGAAACCUGAUGUCAUAACUAAAUCUGCUCUUGGUGACGAUAUCAACUUUGAAAAAACUUGCAAAAAGCCAGAUUCAACUGCUUCUGAAAGAGCAAUUGCCAGAUUAGCAGUUCACCCUCUUCUAAAGAAAAAAAUAGAUGCACUAAAAGCUGCUGUUCAAGCCUUCAAAGAUGCAAGACAGAAUGCUCCUGAGGCUGAGUCAUCAAAGAAUGCUUCAGAGGAAAGCCAGCAAAAAAACACUCUCUGUUCAAAAGAUGAUGCAAGCGAGUUACAGCAUCCUGAGAGAACUAUUGUCAGUGAGCAGAAAGGAAAAGAUGCCAAAACAGUAGCAAAGAAAGCAGUACAUGAUUCAAAAGAAAAAUUGGCCACGAUAGAACAUGGACCCAAAGCCGUGGUCACUCCAUGUUCUCCAGGGAUGCCUGCAGGAAAGGAUGCUGUGGCUACCUCUGCACACUCACAGAAGGCACCUGCAGACUCAAAACGGACUGCCUUAACUGAAACCACAAAGAAAGAAAGGGAGAGCACCCUGGGUGAGAACAGUGGCAGUGAGGAAGAGGAGAGUGAGGAGGAAAAGGAGUACUUUGAUGAUAGCACUGAAGAAAGAUUCUACAAACAGUCUUCUGUGUCUGAGGAUAGUGACAGUGGUGAUGAUUUCUUCAUUGGAAAAGUCCGACGUACAAGAAAGAAGGAAGGGGGUGUCCGGUCCUCAGCUAAGGAACACAAACCCCUCCAAAAGGUGUCACCCAAAACAUAUACACUUGAUCCUGAUUGGGAUUUAAGAAAUGAUAAACACAAGGGAAUUCCAGACGCUAGGAAGUUAGAAUCUGUGUUUUUCCACUCUUUAUCUGGACCUAAAAGCUCCAGGAGGGAUUUCAGAGAACAGGCCCCAAAGAAUAAAACUCCAGACUUUGCAGAAAAUGAACCUCCAAUCAAGAGUCGGUUUACAAAGAGUGCACGAAGAGGGUUUGAGAGUGUGAAGCAGCAGACUCAUGCUCCUCUGCAUCCUUCCUGGGAAGCGAGCAGGAGGCGGAAAGAGCAGCAGUCCAAAAUCACUGUGUUUCAAGGGAAAAAAAUCACGUUUGAUGACUGAUUGCUCAUUGUCUUUUGAGCUUUCUGUCAAAAUUUUUGUUGUUUUUGUUUUUAAUUAGCCUAUUAUUUAAGUCUCUUUGAAAGAGUUUUCCUUUUUUGUGUGAGUUCGGGGAAUGUUUACAUAAUCUUUUAUAGGUCUCUAAAUUUGAUUUUUAAGAGUGCUUGCCCCAUAUUAUUUCUUAUACAAAAUAAUUUAGAGGUUACAGAAUUUUUUUUCUGUAAUUUGUUUUCUUAUCCAUGAUUAUGAAAUAUAUUUCACUAGUUAAACUUUGCCUAUUGCCUUGAAAAUAAGGCAAAACAAGGCUAAUGAAAUGGUUCACGUGCUGCAAAGCCUCAUGACCUAAGUUUGACCCUGGAAGUUCCCAUGAUGGAAUGAUAGAACCAGUUCACAAAACUUGUUCUCUGCACAUGCACAGUAUGGCACAUGCAUGUGUAUACAUGCACUCUCACACACAAAAUAAUGUCAUAAAAUUGUUAAGAUACUUAAAAUAAUGGUGAAAAAAUGAAUCAUGACUACUUAAAAAUACAUCAUCUUUGUUACAAGUUAUUUUUUAAGCAAAACGAAUAGUAAUUUUCAUUGUGCAUAUAACUAAUAUAAAUUAAAUAUUAAUUUUUCAUGGUUGUUGUUACUUGUGAUCUUACCUUUGUAGUGUUUAAGUAACUUGCUAUGUAUAGGAUCCAAAAGUUGAGUUCUAUAUUAUAUACCCCUGCAAUAAGUAUUUCCGUUAAAUGAAGAAGAAUGGCGAUCUAGA